GUUUCCUAAUACUUUAAACUUUGUAAUUUAACUUAAGCUGUCUGAAAGUUACUUGUUUGUAACUUAAAUAUUUGUCAAUAAACACAUUUAUCAUGAACAAUACAUCUGACGUUAUUAAUGGAUGGACUUUUAGUAAAGUUCUUGGUUCAGGAGGAUUUGGUAUUGUUGAAUUAUGGACACAUACAAGUGGUAAUAAACUUGCAAUUAAAAAAUGUAAAUGGGAUGUAUCGCAGUUAACAGAAACGCAACAAAAAAGAUGGAUUAAUGAAGUCCAGAAAAUGAAGCAAUUAAAACAUUCGAAUAUUAUAAAAGGUUUAGAGUUACCUUUUAGACAUCCCAAUGAAACAGUAGAUUUACCAAUAUUAUGUAUGGAAUUUUGCAGGAAAGGUGAUCUUAGAAAGGUUCUAAAUAAAGUAGAUAAUUGUUGUGGAGUAAGUGAAAAAGAAUCAAUUGCUGUAAUGAAGGAUAUUUCUUCUGCAGUUGAAUAUUUACACUUCAACAACAUUACGCAUCGUGAUUUAAAACCAGAAAACAUAGUUUUGCAAGAUGAACGUGAUAAAAUUUCAUAUAAAUUAAUAGAUCUUGGAUAUGCAAAAGAACUUGGUGAAGCCAGUGCAUCUGCUUCUGUAGUGGGUACAUUAAAUUAUGUAGCCCCAGAACUUCUUUGGAAACAGAAAUAUAGUUGUUCUGUAGAUUAUUGGAGUUUGGGCAUUUUGUUUUAUGAACUUGUUAGUGGUAUAAGACCAUUUUUGCCAAGGAUGAAGCAUACUAUAAUAUGGAUGAAACAUAUUCAAAAUAAAGGAUACAACGAUAUUUGUGCCUUUGAAUCGGAAGGAAAAAUAAUUUUUGGUGAAGAUAUUGUUGAUCCCACCAAUUUAUCACGAUGUCUAAGAAACAAACUGAUAGAAUGGUUUAGAGUGGUAUUACAAUGGGAUUCAAAAAAGAGGGGAAAGCAGUAUGAUGAAAAUGGAGUAAUGCAAUUGGUGGUGUUUAAAUUACUUCAUUCCAUUUUGUCUAAAGAGGUAGUAUAUGUAUUUUCUGCAUCAACAUCUAAACUUAAUGCAUAUGAAGUAAGUGGUACUACCACUGUCACAGAUAUACAAACUAUGAUUGAAAAAGAUACUAAUAUAUCAAUAAAUCAACAAAUUUUAACAAAUUACCUUGGUAAAAUUCUCAUUGCGAAUGAGACACCACUUUUAUCACAAAUUCAGGAUCCAGUUUUAUUUGUCUUCAAGAAUGAAAGCACUUUGAUGAACAAUAUACCCACAACAGAUAUUCCAGUAUCAAUACAGAAAAUGAUAGAAUUAUCAAAAAGUCAAUUGGAUUUUGACACAUUAAUGGAUUAUUAUCGUAACGCAAUAUUUUUUAUCAAACAAGAAUUAUAUAUGUGUCAACUGUACAUUUUUGCUUUGACUAUAAAAGUAGACUUGGUAAUUUCAAGGAUAAAUAUAUUUAAUAAAAAUAUAGAAAAUUCAGUGACAAAUAUAAACAGUCUUGUGAAAGAAUUGUCCACACUUCGUAUCAAAUGGGAAAAGGAGUGUAUAAGUACAGAAAAGAUGGAUCGUUUGAAAAUUAAUUUUGAGAAAGUAACAAAACUUGUGAGAGCUACCGAUCAGAUAAAAUUAAAAUUUGAUCCAUUAAUAGAAGAAAGCAAUGAACUAGAAAGUAAAGCACAGAGUAUUGAUUGUAUUAAGGAUUUAUUUGAAUUAUACUGCGAAGCAAAAGACAUUUAUGAACUACAUAAAAAAGAGUAUUUUCAUAAAACUGCAAAACCAACUGAAAUGGUGAAACUAAUUUUUAAAUUUUUAAAGACAAAGGAGGCACUAUUUGAGUGUAAAAAUAUUUCUGGGAUUAUAAAGCAAACAGAAAAAUUGGAAGUUGUACUUUUAACAUUGGAAAGGAUUUUUGAUUCAGUUAUUGCUAUGACAAUAGUAUAUCGUGAAGAAUUUCAAAGUAUAAUGCAAUUUAAUAUGAAUCACGUAUACAGUGUACCUAACGAGAAGAUUAAUAUGCCUGUUGACGUGUAUAGCGAAACUGCAAAUACUUCAACAAAUAGUGAUAGUAAGGAGAUGCCAAUUAAAUUUCGUGAUAAUCAACCUUCGAAUACGUCUGCUGUUACAUGUUAUGAAAUUGCAGAUGUAGACAAUGUGAUAUAUGAUAAUUUAGUGAUACGUUACACGUUAGAUAAUCUUUUGAUUGAAAUACAAAAGAGAUACAUGGAAAUGGUUAGUCUGGAACCAUAAUUACCACAACGGUAAUGUAUAUGUUUCUCCAUAUUUUCUUUUUUAAAAUAUAUUUUUAU